GUGGGAAUGGGAACGGGAACGGGAACAGAGCGGGAAUGGGAACGAGAUGGGAACAGCAACGCGAACGGAUUUGCCCGUUCCUGUAUGCYGAUGGGAAUUGUGUUCUGGCUCCUUGUCAGUGCUGUAGGAGAAGCUGAUGCCCCAAACAGUGAGCCYGGGGAACGAGAGAGUGUGGAUUGCCUCCUGCCUUGCCUCUUCUCCCACUCACCUGCAGUGAKCUCUCACAUGCCACAGGACAAGGGGCAGAGCUGGGGCAGUGUGAGUGAGCCAAAGGACAUUUGACCAGUGGGCUGUGGCACCUGGGGGUGCUCACCCCRCCCUCCAGCAGAGACAACUGGCUUCUGCCAGGUAGAUGCCUUCAGGGGAGUGGACAACUCCAACUGAACUGAUGAAUCUUGCCACCUGAUACAAGGCUUAGCUUCUGAUAUGAAGAAGGAUAUAGAGUCUUUAAUAGCCCAGGAAAAAGCAGAGAUCGUCGCCAAGUAUGAGAAGGGCAGGCAAGAAGGAGCUCAGAUUGACCAGUGGGAAGAUGCUGAUUUCACGCUGUACAAAGUUACAGACCGGUUUGGAUUCCUGCACGAGCAGGAGCUGCCAACCCGCACCGCCUUGGAGGAGAAGCAAAAACAGCAGGAAAUUGAACGGGUGGACAAGUGGCUUAAGAUGCUGAAGAAAUGGGGCAAAUACAGAAACAGUGACAAGAUGUGCCGCCGUGUGUACAAAGGGAUCCCGCUUCAGGUGCGAGGCCAAGUCUGGUCACUUCUGCUGGAUGUUGAGAAGAUGAAGAAAGAGAACGAAGGAAAGUAUGAGCAAAUGAAAGAACAAGCAAAGAGCUUUUCAUCAGAAAUCAAGCAGAUCGAUUUGGACGUUAACCGCACCUUCCGAAACCACAUCAUGUUUCGGGAUCGCUACGGAGUGAAGCAACAGGCACUUUUCCACGUCCUGUCGGCAUACUCGGUUUAUAACACUGAAGUGAGUUACUGCCAAGGGAUGAGCCAGAUUGCAGCCAUCCUCCUGAUGUAUUUGAAYGAAGAGGAUGCAUUUUGGGCGCUGGCGCAGCUGCUCACCAACCAGCGGCACGCCAUGCACGGUUUUUUCAUUCCUGGGUUCCCGAAGCUGCAGAGAUUUCAAGCCCACCACGAGCAGAUUUUGAACAAACUGUUUCCCAAACUGAAGAAGCACAUGGACAAGGAGCAGAUGACUACUGGGAUUUACACGACCAAGUGGUUCCUGCAGUGUUUCAUUGACCGGACCCCGUUCACCUUGACCUUGCGGCUCUGGGAUAUCUACAUCCUGGAAGGAGAGCGGGUGCUGACAGCCAUGGCUUACACCAUCCUCAAACUUCACAAAAAGCGCUUGCUGAAGAUGACACUGGAAGAUUUACGUGAAUUUCUGCAGGAGAAAAUUGCUGCUUCCCUGCAGUAUGAGGACGAUGCUGUCAUUGAGCAGCUGCAGGUGUCAAUGACUGAACUGCGCAAGAUGAAAUUUGACUUGCCCCCACCAGCAAAACCUGAAGAGUUUCCAAGGAAACCCCUGGGCUUGGAGCUCUCCCUCAACCCAGUAGCCUUAAAGGAAAAUGCAGCGGCCAAUGGCCAGAAUGGACGAGUGGGUGAACACACUCCAGAUAGGGAGCCCCAGCCCCACAGAGUUCCUGGUGCACCAGGAGGAAUGACGGUGGUGGAAGCGAGGAUUCCCACCUUCCAGGGCGGUGAAGCAGCUGAAGCAAUGAAYGUGCCUCCUCCAGAUGGGCAGCCACUGGAUGAGGAGGGUCAGRUGGAGGCCAUCAUGGAUGGGCAGCCAUCAUCUCUUCUCAAGGCAAGCGAGACACAGGCUCAGCAACACCUCCUGCCCACAGUCCUGCCUCCAGAGCAGCCUCUUCGUGCUCCUGGCUGUGCCAUGGUGGACCAUGGAGUCUCCCUCCAUGCCCCAGCUGAGCACAGUUCUUUAGACUCCUCUCUCCAAAACAGGCUGGCUCCUCCCGACUUGAGCACCACUGAGCUUUCCACUGUGGACCACGCAGUGUGGCAGCCAAAUGCUGCUGCCCUGCYGCUGGGAGAACAGACAUCUUCCCUUGGCAGAGACGCAGUGCUCGAUGCACCGCUCCAUCCUCUGCCGGCUGGAUCCCGGCGGCUCUCCUGCGAGUCACAGAGCGAUGGCUCCCCUGAGAGCGAGCAUGGGGAGGCGGCAGACAGACACUGCGGGGCAGUGCUGCCGGGUGACACGGGCCUGAAGCGCUCGGCAUCCAAAGCUGCAUCCACAGGAGAGCUCCUCAGCCUGCAGCACAACGGGCUGGGCAGUGCCACCGGCACUAGGCACUGGCCUGAGGCCAUGGGCGCGCUGGCUGUGCGCAGGCAGGCGGGGGGCAGUGUGCCCACCUUGUCCAGCAGAGAGCCGGAGGCAGCAGGGCUGGCCGAGGGCUGCCCCAGCCAGCGGACACCGUCCCCCGUGGUAGAAGGGAACAGCCCCUAUGUCGUUAUCAAAACCACCACUCCCCUCCACCUGGCCCAUGCAACAGAGCAGGACUUCUUGAACAGAAAGCAGGUGGCAUUACCUCUGUCAGAGACUGGACAUCCCCUGCCUUCAGCCUUCUUGCAACCACCACUUAUGGCGGACUCAGAGGAGAUGGAGGUCCAGAAAAGCCUCCAGAAACCAUUAAAUGCACUGAAAGCCCCACGACCCCCACUGAGUCCCAAACCAAAAUUACCRCCACAGGUUGCCAAAUCACACUCAGAGAACAGUUUCCUUUCAGGCUCUCCUUCUCUGGCAAAGCUGCCCAAAUCAGUGACAUUCUAGUGGGGAUGGGGAAGGUGAGGGAGAAGAAGCAGGCUCUGGAGCAGCACCCUUGCCCCAUCUGCAGGAUCCCCUUCUGUCAGCAGGGCUGUCGGGGUGACAGCACAGCACCAUUGCACGUCAAGCUGUGCUUUGGUACGAAUGCCCAGYGAGAAGAUGAAGCAGUGGCCACCAGCACUAGGAGACACCAGCAGAUUGGAUUUGCAUGUUUCUUAUGGACAAAUUGGAAAAUGCUUUCAUUUUUUUGUUCCUCAAAGCUCCCCUAGCCUCAUUGCUUGGGGGAAGAGGCAGGGCUGGUGUGUUGUGUGCUUUCUCCUGCUCCUGCCUGCCAUGGGAAACCACRGCCAUGGAAGCAGGCACAAGGUGUCUGAGUCCGAAAUGCUUUCUUUAAAAUGUCCCCAUUGGUGCAGCCACAGAAUUGCUUUCAAUGACCUUUGUAGCAAUAGAUCUUUAUUUCAUUCCCCAGACCUGCAGUUGUAGGUAGCAGGAUUUCCAGGCAGUGCCAUGGCAUCCUGGCAGGACACAGGCCAGCCCGCUGCCCCCUCUAUGCAAUUCCACAAAGCAGUGCCCAGCUGUAUCUGGCUCCUGCUGCCGAUGGAUAUCCAGGAAGGACAUAUUUAACAGCUGCUGAGUCCCUCUGAUAUCACCUUGGGUGUCACCCUGGUGGGGGACUGCCAGCACAGUGGUUAUUUCCCAGGUUCUCAAGGUGACAAGGACAGUGAUGAAGGCGGAGCCUGGUCUCUUGGGCUGAGUGCCCUUCCUGCUAGCCUUUCCCUCACAGGGCCAGUGCRGCGAGCAGGCUCGCUGCCUUUCUGUUCCCCAAACAGGAAAAGGAGAGCUGCUGGCUCGGGAAACCUGCCUGCACUACCAAGCUGCUGGAGGUGUGAUGGCAUCUAAUCACAGUGCCCCAGAUAAGUCCACUUUUGCUUUGAGUAAGUUAAGUGUCAGGGUGGAAAAGCGCAUAGGAAUUGGGGAAGGGGGAGCACAUUGCCCAGAACCUGGUCUUAGCCCUUCUGGCUGAGCCCACACAGAGUUACCAGUAGGAAGGAAACUUGGGCAUGAUGGGUGGCUCACAUGCCMGUUUGCCCAUCAAGCAACAGGUCCUAGAGGCCUGUCCAUCUCCUCCCCAUCCCAGGGUGCUGCUGCUGCACAGCCCAAGCCAUUGGCUGGAGGUGUGCACAGACCUGGGGAGACACCCCAUGAAAAGAGCUGRUCUAGAAUUCUGGUUCCAGCAUCUACUUCACCCCAGAGGUGAAGGCACUUCAUCACGAAGGCAGAUCAGUGAAAAAAUAGGAAGUAGUCCAGAUACGCUGGAUUUAAUGCUGCUGUCUGGAAASGGUGGUGCAAGUGCCACCUUUGGAGGGACUGCAAAUGGGAUUCCUAUCCCCUCAGCAGAGACCCUGGGCAAAAGCUUCUUAAAGUUCUAAGGAGACUUGGAAAACUAUUUAUCUCACAGGCUUKCUUCUAUUGCAUAACCUGAUCUAAAGCCUACCUGAAAGCCCAGCAGUAAACUUCCACUAAAUUACCUUGUGGGUUCCAGGAGCUGGAUUUGAUGAUCCCUGUGGAUUCCUUCCAGCUCAACAUAUUCUAUGGUUCUGUGAUUUAUCAGGAUUUAUUUUGCCUUGUGUAUGUGUGGUGGUUUAUGUUUGCAGCAGGGAGUGUUGAAGGGAAGACUGGAUGUUUCUUUGGAUGUAGCCAGCCAGACCACAGCACCCUCAGCUUUCAUUGCAGCCCCAGCUCUGUCCCAGACCCCAUCUUCCGCUGAGCCUCCAACCUUGCCCAUCCUCUCCCUCUGCAGAGCAGGGAUAACCCUAUUAGCUACCUCGCAGGGGUGUUGUGAGGAGUUGAGCAUUGCUGUUUGAGGAAAAGUGCUCUUUGAAUGUUCAGUGUUUGUGUUUUGAGACACCAGAGGUCCUUUGUAGGACAAUGGUGCUUGAGUUGUUUUUAAUUUAGAGUAUGUUUUUCCGUAACUGUGCAUAGGUUAAUCUAUUUGUGUGUUACAAUACCUGAGCAGUAUUUCAGGACAGAUAUCCAUUGCCUUUUGCCCAUUGGCUGCUGGAGCUUGCUGGGAAGCAACAGGAAGGACCUGAAGGCUUUUAGUCACAUGUCAGCUUGGCUGCUGUGGCUUGGGGUUCUGUCCUUGAAGCCCACAUAGAAUUCCUUCUAACACAUCUGAGCAUCACUCAUGCAAGAGCUGAGACCUCUUUCCCCUCCUUUUGACCCAUUUCCCCUCAUUUCAGGCACACAGCCUUUGCACAUCAUGUCAGUUGUGCAUUCAGGCUCCUCACUCGCUGUGUGUGUGGGAUGUUUUGCAGUAUUAACAUUUAAAAAGGUGGUUUGCUCUAAUUUUGCAGAGCUGUCAAUGCACAGUACUCAUUGCAUGGGGUUUGGUGUGUGAUGUUCAACAUGAAUUUUGAGGGGCAAGGGUUGGGGGUUGUCCUUCCUUCCAAGCCUAAUAGGAAUGAGCAGCAAGGGCCUCGGUCACCUYCAGGCCUGGGGGAAACCAUCAGCUGGUUUCAGGAACUUUUGGACACAGGCUCCCCUUUCCUACCAGUGUGCUUCUUGCUGGGAAGGUCUCCAAGCUCCUUACUUUGCCACCUAAGAAACUCUUCUCCAACCUGUAGGCUCUGMAAGCUGAUAGGUUUGGGAAGAGGCCCUCUGCCCCAGCUGGCUGGGAGCCAGCACCAUGCAUCGCUUUGGUGUGAUGCUGUCACUUCAGCACAUCAACACGUGA